AUGAGGAGAAAUCAAGAAUCCUCGAAGAUUGCCAUGCAGGUUGGCAUAGACUUGAUAGGACCUUUGCCGAUUACACCCAAUGGCAGCAAAUAUGUGGUAACAUUGGUCGAUUAUUUUAGCAAAUGGGCUGAAGCAGCCCCACUCCCUGACAAAACUGCAUUUGGAGUGGCAAUGUUCCUGUACAACUUGUUUUGUCGGUUUGGGUUUUGUGAGGUGCUGAUAUCGGACCAAGGCCGUGAGUUUGUUAAUCAGGUCAACACAGAGCUUUUUCGAUUCACUGGAACAGAGCACAGGGUCACUUCAGCUUACCACCCACAAACCAACGGGCUAACUGAACGUUUCAAUCAAACACUUCAAACAGCACUACUCAAAUAUGUGAAUGACUCACAGACCGACUGGGACUACCACUUGCCCGCUAUUCUCUUUGCUUAUAGGACGAGUAAGCAAAAGGCAACGAAGUAUUCACCUUUCGAGUUGAUGUUCUGUCGGAAACCUGUACUCCCUAUUCAACUGGAGUUAGGCAGUGAGGGUGAACUUGAGCAGAGCUGGGACAUUAGUGCCAUUAUGACCCACGCUCGAGCUGUGUUUAAGACUGGGAGUUUGGUCUGGCUGAGGAAUUCAGCCAGGGAAUGUAAGAAGGGAGACAAGCUGAAGCCUCGGUGGUUAGGCCCAUACACGGUGGUGGAGUGCUUGGACAAGGGAGUCUUUAAAAUUGCCAACCCUAAGACUGGAAAGACCCUAAAAAAGGCUGUUAACCAACAGCGGUUAAAGCAUUACCAUGGCUCAGACUCCGAAAAACCUCUCUUGGAUCAACAUAGUUCUCUCUCGGAUCCUUCCGAAUUAUCAGACAACCAUCACGAUGAAUCUCUCGAUCAGUUUAACCCUUCUUUGACGAGUACUCCUGUGAAAGACCCAAGCAAGAAGCUGUGGGAAAAAAAUUGUGAUUUUCCCUCUUCUCACAAGCCAGCCGCUCCCUCCUCUCACAAUCCAGACGUCCCCUCCUCUCACAAGCCAGCCGCUCCCUCCUCUCACAAGCCAGACAAGCCAGACGCUCACUCCUCUCGCAAGCGAGACGCCCCCUUCUCUCACGUUAAGACUGCGUCCUCUAUGGAGCCAUCUUUGAAGAAGCAAAGGACUACUCAGUCUGUAACAAGAAAGAAUUCAAGCUACUGGGUGAAGGAUUUGGACCUGAGGACGGGAGACAAGGAUGUAGUUCUUGCUGAGAGCGGGAUGCUUUCUGACUGUCAUAUGUAUGCUGCCCACAAACUAAUGAGAAUGCAAUUUCCAAACAUUGAAGGCUGCUACUCCACUCUUCUGAUUCAGAAGAUGUCCUUUCCUGCAGUCACUAGUAGUGAAGCCACAGCCGUGCAGAUAUUCUUUGUAACAGAGAGGCAUCACUGGAUUGCGACAGCACUCAUCAAGGGGGAACUUUUCCUCUUUGAUAGCUGCUUCCAAUAUGGGAAAGACCUGGAGCCAAGUGCUGAGCUGCAAAUCGUGCAGAUGUAUAAGCCUUUAAUAGCGCACAAUGCAUGGUCUGUUACUAUCUGUGGCCUCCAUUCAACAGCAGAGCAGUGGCAGUAACAACUGUGGUUUAUUUGCAAUUGCCGCUGCAUACCACGCAUUGCAAGGAGACAAUCUGGAUACCAUCACCCUAAAUGAAGACAAAAUGAGGCCACAUCUUGUGCGUUGCUUUGAAAAUGAGAAACUCAGAAGAUUUCCAAAGUCAAAAGAUGUUAGUAGCCGCAAGAGACCAGAAAGAUUUUCCAGCAUAGUAAUUACGAUAUACUGCCCUUGUCUCCGCCCUGACUGUUAUGAUGCAAUGUGUGGUAUCAUUAUAAAUGUGUUCGUAUUAAAGUAUCUCCACUUGGAGAUUGGUUUUGUCCUACUUGUAGAUCUAGAUAGAAUUUUUUUAGCAUUUCGUUAUCUUCCACUAGCUGUUUUUGUUUAUACACUGUUAAUUUGCACUGUUGUUUUGUUUGUUUUUCAUGCACUGU